UUUGCCUUUGCUUCCCACUUUGGUAGGGUGAGCGGCCGGCUGAGAAUGGGGGAGGCAGCGCCCCCGCCCCCGCCCCCACCACCAUCGGUUGCCGCGGGGAACUUGUUCUCGCUCCGGUAGCCACCUCUCCUUUCUGCAGUGACUUUGCCUGGAAGGUGCGCCAGCUCUAAUCUCGCUGUCCUCGAUGAGUGCCUAAAGCUUUCGUGGGCUCAUCCCGAUUCUACCAGCCCGAGUUCAGCUCGGGAGAUGACUGCUUUCUGCAAGACUCCUGGAUUGCGUGCAUAUUGUUCUUUCGUUCUUUCUUUCUGUCUCUCUCCUCCCGCGCGACUGACGCCACAUCUCCUUCGCAGCGGGAAAAGAGACGCGCGAAGCUUUCUGCCGACCGCCCGAUCAUUUGGAUCUAACUUUGUGUGUGUGAGGAGCGGGUCGUUUUCGUUUGCUUGGUGGUGAAGAAAGAAGUCGGAGCUCCCCUCGACCUUGCAUUUUGGUGCCGCUGUUUCUACGGCUGUAUGUCUGUGUUGUUUUUUUGAAUGGCUGCACCAUGGCUACCGCAACGCUGGUUUGCAGGGUGCAGUUUCUGGACGACACCGAUCCUUUCAAUAGUACCAAUUUUCCCGAGCCCACUCGGCCGCCCCUCUACUCUUUCAGGGAGGACAUCCCCCUGGCCACCCAACUGGCCGGGGUCCACCGCCUGCUCAAAGCCCCGCAAAAGCUUGAUGACUGUGCACUGCAGCUGUCUCACAAUGGUACCUACUUGGAUUUAGAGUCUACCCUAGCUGAGCAAAAGGAUGACUUGGAAGGUUUCCAGGGAGAAUCUGGUAGGGGCAAAAAACACAGUAUAAUUCUGAGAACCCAACUUUCAGUCCGAGUCCAUGCCUGCAUUGAAUGAGCAUUGAAGAAGGACGUGGCCAGUGGUUUCUACUUCUCCGGAAUCACAGGGACAGAGCCUUUCGACUAAUUUUUGUAUUUGCCAUCCAGAACAGCUGAGUGGAGCGCAUGGCAUCGU